CCCCAGAUGAGCUUUGAACCACACAGUGACUGCCUUACUUAAGUGCACGACCGCUGUAGCUAAAGCAACUGUGAAAUUAUUAAUACUGUAUUUAAACUGAAAAUUAACAAAUCCACCAAGAAAGGAUACCAUUAGAGUGUCGACUGACCCAACUCGUGUAAAAAAUAACUUAAGAAAUCAGAAGUGAAGAGAUCACUUGAAAAUGUAUUUACACGCAAUAGAAAUCUCCACACUCGCACUGAUUCUCGGAGUAACCGCAGUGGGUAGUCAGGUAAUAGGUAGUGAGGAGAGGUGCUAUGGAGAGUUGGGUUGCCUGGUGUUGGAUGGGCAGUGGUGGCAUCCAUGGCGUCGCCCCAUCAACCUCUGGCCUUAUGACCCUGCAGUUAUCAACACCACCUUCACCCUCCACACCAGACCAGCGCCCUCGUUUACUUGUACAAGUUCCUCACGGCCCCGUUACCAUCAGCACCAGCAGUACCAGCUGAAGAAGAGGGAGGUGGUUCUUCUACACCCUGAAGACCAUCUCUCCCUGGCUCUUUCCCCGCUAGACGCCACUAAACCCACUAAGGUGAUCAUCCACAGCUACCACGAGAACCUCAACACUCCCUGGGUCGAGGAGCUGACGGAGGCGCUGCUGCAGUAUGGUGACUAUAACGUGAUCGUUGUUAACUGGGCCGGCGGCUCCAGCACUUACUACCUUCAGGCGGUGGCUAAUGCUCGGCUGGUGGGACUGGAGCUGACACACCUACUGCUCACCCUCCAACACACCAUCAACCUCCCGCCACACUCACUACACCUCAUCGGCUAUGCUCUCGGGGCUCACAUCGCUGGUUAUGCCGGGGAGCGUGUGGCCGAGUUGGGUCGAAUCACAGGAUUGUCGCCACCAGCGUUGUUCUUUGAGGAGCUUCCGCCAGUAGUGCGCCUCGACGAACGUGACGCUGCCUUUGUUGACGUCAUCCACACCAACAUAAACGGCCAUGGGAUAUCACAGCGUUGUGGCACUGUGGAUUUCUACCCCAACGGUGGCGAAGAGCAGCCAGGGUGUGGACGACACACUACAGAAAACCGUGACAUGUUUCGGGUAGACUUAACUAACGUUAUGUCCCAGCAGUCAUGUAGCAGGAUGCGUGCCCUCGACCUGUUCCUCACUUCUCUCACGUGUCCUGCCUGUUUCCUCGGUCAUGAAUGUACUGAUAAAUACUUGUAUGCCUACGGGAUGUGUUACGUGUGUGGGGAGCCGAAUAACCACUGUGGGUACUUGGGUAUCAGAGCUCAAGAAUUCCUGGUACAGCGGAGAGAACGUUUGGCUCUUUACAUCUUCACCUCCGACACCCAUCCCUACCACGUUUAUUCCUAUCGCGUGUGGUUCAACCUGGCGCAUCCUGUAGGGGCAGAGGAUUCGGUUGAAGGCCAGCUGACUGUUACACUGAAGGGCGACAACACCACCGUCACCACUACUCUCCCUGGAACUCCAGUCUGGUUGAAUCACGGUCAGCCUCGAGGAUGGGUAGUAGGGUUGGAGGAGGACGUAGGAGCCGUAGUGGAGGUGGUGGUAGCGUGGGAGUAUCAGGGCUCGAGCUGCCGUAACAACGAAGAAUGUAACACAAGUCUCUACAUUCAAACCAUCAAAGUCACACCAAUUGACUAUCUCCCGGAAAGGGACCGCGAGGCCAACACAAGAUUGGUAUGUGGGGGAAUUGACAACACUGAAGUGAUCUCUGGUGGCUCCGUCAGGCUCAUCCCCAAGGAUACCUGUCAAGAGUGGUCUGUGUAGUUGGUGGUGACCUUUUUUAAGGCAUUCUCACCAGUCAGAAGAAAUGCGAUCUAUAGCCUAGUAGUGACAGUCGUGGAGAUGAUAUAACUAGGCUCGUAUCCUCUGAAUAAUAAAUGGUUUCAUGAU